AUGGAAAACCCACGGGAGGAUUUUCCCACUCAUGGUGGCUGCGCAAGUGGCACAGUCAUGGAGAAGUUCCUGAUUCACUCCGCGGAGUCCACGUGCCACGUUCAGCUUGCCUGCAGCACGCAGCACUGUGCUUUCCCUCUGCACGGACGCCAGCUGUGCAUAUGGGACACCGAGGGCCCUCCUCAGCAGCUUCUAACCCUACAAGGACACCAUCAGUCAAUUACUGCUGUGGCUUUUGGAAAUAAAGUGAAUCCACUUCUGAUCUGUUCAGCCUCACAGGAUUAUAUCAUAAUGUGGAACCUGGAUGAAUGUAGAGAGAAAAUACUUCAAGGGUUGAUCCCUCGAGGGACUGUCAUGGGCACGCCUCCGGGAAGGGUGCUGUGUUUAAGAUUUAGUCCGGAUGAUCGCGUUGUUGCAGUGUGUGCUGGAAACAAAACACUCGUGCUGGAGAGCCAGAGUCAGUCCGUGCUAGUCGAGCUGGAGGGUCACCUGGGCCCAGUGACUGCAGCUGAAUUUUGUCCUUGGCAAGCAAACAUCAUGAUCUCAGUAUCUGAAGACAGAAGCUUUAAGGUCUGGGACCAUUGUACGGGAUCCUUAAUAUACAGUUCAUCAGUGUUAACAGCAUAUCCUCUCCUCAGCUUGUUCAUUGAUGAAGAAAGCAAGCAGCUUGUCACUGGGUGUGCUGAUGGCCAGCUUUGGGUCUUCAGUUUGAUUGAAACGCAUCAUUAUCGUUGUGUGGCUCGUGUUGACCUAAGGAAAAGGAGCAAGAGUUUCUGCACGACGAGGACCAGGUCUGGGUGGUGCAGCCUCCCAGAUACAGAGAGUCAGCUUCGCUCCACCAAUGACCCGGAGGGAGUCGGAGAGACGGAAGUGGCCUUGCCCGUGCUGGGACUCGCACACUGUCAUCUUUCACCUCUACUCACUCCUGAACGGGGACGUCUUUCUUCUGAGAAUAGCAAAUUCUUGUGGAUCGGAAGCUCAGCUGGUUUGUUCAUACUUAAUCUCGCAAACUUUGAACUGGAAUCUGUUUUACAUUAUAAGGAUUUUCGGAGCCUCAGCAUUCGAGUUGCUGGAUCGUGCGCAGUGAUGAGCAAAGCCACGGAUUGUAAGGCAUUUUGCUUGCUCACGUCCCUGUUCGGAAGUCUGACUGCGGUGCUGGAAAUCGACCUGGCGGCCCUGGUGAGGUCUCAGCAGCGCCUCGGGGUGGGGAGGAGCCUUUCAGUGCUGGCCAGCUCCUGUGUCCUACCAACCUCUCCGCUGUAUUUUGGAAACGUUGAGGAAAAAAGUACCAAGCCUGCUAGUGAAAAGCGAUCUGCUGCGCGGAGCGCCGUAAAGGACCAGCCUCUGGUUUUCCACAGCAGAGUUCGGUCGUCUGGCUACGCAUCGGCACCACGUACAACUAUGUUUUCACCAAAGACCAGCGUCAAGAAUAGUGGUGAAAGAUCCUCGGAACGCAGGAGCAGUCACAGACGGGAGGAAUACCCCCUGGAGAGCGGCCUGCCCACCAGGCUCGGCCGGCAGGUGGCCGUGGCCACAGAGCCGGCUGGGGUGUGCUGCAUGCAGUACUCAGGAGAUGGGCGGUGGUUGGCCUGUGGCCUAGGCAACCAUUUGUCACUAGUCUUUGACGCCAGCCUCACCAGGACACCUGCUGCUUUCUCAGGUCACGACGGAGCAGUGACCGCCAUCUGCUGGAGCCACGAUGGGAGGUGGCUUCUCUCUGCUGCCCGGGACAGGACUCUGAGGGUGUGGUCCGUUCGCAGGACAGAGCUCAUGUUACUUCUGGGCAAAGACAUGUUUUCUAAGCCUGUGCAGUCUGCCCAGUUUUAUUACAUGGACACUUUUAUUUUGCUGUCUUCCGGCCCCGAGUGUCAGCUGCUGAAGUAUCACAUCGACACUUGCAAAGAUGAGAUACAGAGAUAUAAACAGAAGAGCAGGGCGAAGGCUGUUUUCAGGCUGUCUAUGACCGACGCUGUGGACGUGACCAGUUUGUCUGCAGUAAAUGACUUUUAUUCCCACGUCGUGCUCGCCGCUGGCCGCAGCAGGACUGUAGAAGUCUUCGACCUCAAUGCCGGCUGCAGCGCUGCAGUGAUAGCGGAAGCCCAUGCGCGGCCGGUCCAUGAAAUCCGCCAAAAUAAAGGAUCGUCCUUUACGACCCAACAACCCCAGGCUUAUAACCUUUUCCUGACCACGGCCAUUGGUGAUGGGAUAAAGCUGUGGGACCUGAGAACCCUGAGGUGUGAGCGUCGCUUUGAGGGACAUCCAAACCGCUGUCAUCCAUGCGGAAUCGCUGUGAGUCCCUGUGGACGAUUCGUGGCUUGCGGUGCUGAGGACAGACACGCUUACGUGUACGAAAUGGGCUCAAGCACUUAUUCUCACCGGCUGGCGGGACACUCAGACACCGUCACCAGCGUGGCCUUCAACCCAUCCACUCCCCAGGUACAGUUGUCCAGUAUGCAUGGGGGCAUCUCUAUUGCAUACUAG